GCUCAGUGCUCUGUCGGUCGUCGUACGCAACAGACAACGUUGGCGAGUAGCCAGCAAUAAGUAACGAGUAACGAAUAACGUGUAACGUGUAACGUGUAACGAGUCACGAUUAGCGAAAGAACGUUUUGAUCCCCGUCGCUGGUUAAUAAAAGAAACGUGCCAAAAACUUGAGUACUGAAUAAAUGGUCAUAUACUUGGACUCAAAGUGAACGCCGUCGAGUGGUCAGCUAGACAGACAGAGAGCGAGAGACAGAGAGAGAGGGACAGGUGCGCGAUUUGGCGCCGAUAAGAUUAAUUUAAUUAAAAGCAACAGCAACAAUUGUCUUAGUUAAGCUAUCUAUUGAAUAGAAGAAAGAAAAAGAAUUAACAAUCGGUCGUGCUGUGCAGUCUAGGGCCUGCCGAAAAUGUAGACAGUCUGCCACAGGGCAGCAACAGGUGAACUACAACAACAACAACAACGAGAAGUAGAAGAACGACAAGAACAACAAUUAAAAGCACAGCGAGAAGAGUUGAGUCAGCAAGAUGUAUGUGGCCAACACAACCGGCGGCCUCAUGCUGCAGACCAUGCUCUACUUGGCCAACCACACGAGCCGCGCGGCAGUCAACACGCUGAUCGAUCUGCCGCCGGCGCCCAAAAGCGACAUCAACGAGGUGAAAUGCUUUGGCGUCUACGGCUGCUUUCCCAUCAACGGACCCUGGAACACGGUCACGCGGACGAUAAAUGUGCAUCCGCAGAAGCCCUCCGAGAUUGAGCCGCACUUCACGUUGCACACGCGUCCCGCCAUGGAUCAGGCCAAGUAUAUAGAUCUCAAUGAUCCGGACAGCGUUCAGGGAUUGGGCAUCAAUGAGCUGGGCAAGAUCUAUCUGCUGGUCCACGGCUAUCUGGAGUUCGGCGAAAUACCCUGGAUGCUGGAGAUGGGCCGGGCGCUGCUCAACCAUUGUCCGGAGGGCGAGUGCGCUGUCAUCCUGAUCGAUUGGGGCGGCGGCGCGAGUCCGCCGUACGUCCAGGCGGUGGCCAAUAUACGGCUGGUGGGUGCGAUAACCGCGCAUGUGAUUCACAUGCUGUACGAGGAGCUGCGUCUGCCCAAUCUGGACAAUGUGCACAUCAUUGGCCAUUCGCUGGGGGCCCAUCUAUCCGGCUAUGCCGGCCACCAUUUGCAGCAUGACUUUGGCCUCAAGCUGGGCCGCAUCUCUGGCCUGGAUCCGGCGGCGCCGCUCUUCACGGACACCGAUCCCAUUGUCCGCUUGGACCGCACCGAUGCCCACUUUGUCGACAUUCUGCACACGGAUGCCAAUCCGUUGAUGAAGGGCGGCCUCGGCCUCAUCCAGCGUGUUGGUCACGUCGACUUCUAUCCGAACGGCGGCUUCGAUAAUCCCGGCUGUGACAAGAAGCUGCAGGACGUGAUGAAGAGCAAUCGCAAGGGCAGCCUCUUCUCCACCAUGCAGGAGUUCCUCGGCUGCAAUCACAUACGCAGCGAGCAGUACUACACGGAGAGCAUUGGCAGCAAGUGCCCCUUCAUGGGCAUCACCUGUGACUCCUUCGAUAGCUUCAAGGAUGUCAAGUGCGGCAGCUGCGAUGAGCCUGGGCGUCUCUGCAUGCGCAUGGGCUUCCACAGCCAGCAGGACUACGAGGAGCAGCUGGCGCGUGGUCUACUCAAGCCGCAGGAUCCGCCGCCGGUCUUCUAUCUGAUGACCGGCGAUCGGAAACCCUUCUGCCGGCAGCACUACAAGAUCACGGUGCGCGUCUCCAGUCACGAUGAGAGCACCCUGCAUGGCGGCGAGAUCGGCACACUCUCCAUACAGCUGCACGAGGAGCACAACAAGAAGAAGACCACCGAGCGGAUGAAGUUCUCGCCCAAGGCCAUGUACUUUGAGCCGGGCUUUGACUAUACGGCCUUGGUGCCGGGCAGGGAUCUGCAGAAGCCCGGCCAUGCCAGCGUCUACUGGGAGUACCAGACGAACAUACUCAAUCCGUUAACGUGGCGCAUUCUCUCCGCCCCGCGCAUCUAUCUCGAGUACAUACUCAUCGAGUCGCUCGAGUCGAGCGAUACCUAUCUGAAGCUCUGUCCGCUGCACGAGGGCGCCAUACUCUCCGGCGCCGAGAAUGUCCUGCACACGCGCUACUGCAAGGACUAGCCGUCCAAGGUGUGACGGGGCGGGGCGAGGCGUGGCCAGUGGCAAAUUCCAAGAAUUCUAGCAAAUAGCCGAAAGCUCUUCUCGGCGCAGCCUAAAAGGCGGCAACAGAAUUGAUUGCGCUCAGUCGAGUCACUCGGCCGCAGGGUUGGUGGCUUAGCUGGGGAACAGAAGACAGCUCUGUUCCCCCUUUUACUUUUAGCCUGGGCACACACCGAAAAGCCUUUUGUAUUUUAUUAUAGUAUUCGUUUAAUUCAUAAGCUAUUCAAAUUGCAGCGGAAGAGGAAGAGCACAAUUUUAAUUUAUAUAUGUGCAUGUGUAUAUGUAAUUGUUAUUUAUGCUAAUCCAUUUUUUUUUUUGUAAUAUACUUAAUUAGCGUAUUUGUGAACAGAAUUUUGUUUGAAAAUAAAACAAAUGGAAACCUAACGUAAUUUCACUCUUACUCUUACUCAAAUCUCAUCUGAUUGAGGGAGAACUCUGCUCCUAAUCAAUUUAAAAAAAACGUUCAACUCAGCAGCCCGAGCUUCUUGAAGCCUGUCAUACAAAAUAUCAUACAAAUAGAAACUCUUUAGUGUGCUUCGCAUUUCGACACAGAGCACAUCGAAAGCAUAUUUGGAAAAAAAGAUUUACAAAAAAAAAAAUGGAUCAAAUUUUAAUAAGAUUCUAGACAAAAGGACUACGUACAAAUGUUGUGCUUCUUCUUAAUCUCUCCGCCGUAGCUUGGAUAGGUCUAGGCUAGGUUAGGUCGCUUGACAGGGAUGAGGCAAGAGGCAAAAUGCCGCAUUAUGGAGAGGGCUGACCGUGUAAUAUAUCCACACUGUUAAAAAUUGCGAUUCGAUUAAGUGUAUCAAAAUUUUAAGUAUCGUGUAUGACGUAACUAUUUACACAGAAAAUAUGAAAAAGAAAAAGUAAAUUAUGAUUAAAUGUUUGCAUUGACUGGAA